UUCUGUUUGAGUUGUCAAAAUUGAAAGGAAGAGGAGGCGUCGACUCCUUUAAUUUUACAAUCACAAGUCAAAAAUUACAAUAUUUCCAGAUUUACACAAUGAUUCGUUUUAUUCUUAUCCAAAACCGUGCGGGUAAAACUAGAUUGGCAAAAUGGUAUAUGAACUUUGAUGAUGACGAGAAACAGAAGUUAAUCGAAGAAGUACACGCUGUAGUCACCGUCAGGGACGCCAAGCAUACUAAUUUUGUUGAGUUCAGGAACUUCAAAAUCGUAUACAGAAGGUAUGCAGGGCUGUACUUCUGUAUAUGUGUGGAUGUAAAUGACAAUAACUUAUGCUACUUGGAAGCUAUACACAAUUUUGUAGAAGUUCUGAAUGAAUACUUCCACAAUGUCUGUGAGCUGGAUCUGGUGUUCAACUUUUACAAGGUCUACACAGUAGUGGAUGAGAUGUUCCUAGCAGGAGAGAUCAGAGAGACAUCGCAGACUAAAGUCCUCAAGCAGCUGCUUAUGCUCAACUCCUUAGAAUAAACUCAAAGAAUUAUGUAGCUGUAGAGGUAUCCAGAAGCAAGUUAUUGAAGACUUGGAAACAAUGGGAACGGCCUGGGUCACUGGUCAUGAGUGAUAUCAUUCAUUACUCAUCACCAGUUGUCCCGAUAACAUAAAAAAAUCCAGUUUUUUAGUAGAAAAAUAUAUUUAAAUUCCUGUUUAUUCAAGUCUUCUUUAACAUUCUUGGCUAUGUCUAUAUUUAGUGUAAUUUAGUAAUUUGUACUGUAUGAUGAUUCAGUGUUGCCAUGUCAGAGAAUACUCAAUG